GAAGUACCGGCGCGCGGGGGACGCUGGGAUGCGACUCCGCCCGUGCUCGGUCCGUCGAUCCUGGUUCCGUCAGGCACCGUGAGGGGUCAACGUGAGGUCGGUGGGGUUAGUAACGCGGUGGCGGCGGCUCCUCCUCCAAAAUUUGAGCAGGGUGCCAAACAGGAUGUACACGCUGCUUUCCGGGCUGUACAAGUACAUGUUCCAGAAGGAUGAAUAUUGCAUCCUGAUCCUGGGCCUGGACAAUGCUGGGAAGACGACCUUCCUGGAACAGUCAAAAACACGAUUUAACAAGAACUACAAGGGAAUGAGUCUAUCCAAAAUCACCACUACCGUGGGUCUAAACAUUGGCACUGUGGACGUGGGAAAGGCUCGUCUCAUGUUUUGGGACUUAGGUGGGCAGGAAGAGCUGCAGUCGUUGUGGGACAAGUACUAUGCAGAGUGCCAUGGUGUCAUCUAUGUCAUUGAUUCCACUGAUGAGGAGAGGCUGUCAGAAUCAAAAGAGGCAUUUGAGCCUGCAGUCAUGAACAGGACACAGGGUGCAAGGCACCACCUCUCCUGCUUUCCUCAGAGAAGGUGGUUUCGAGUGAAGCACUGGACGGUGUUCCCAUCCUGGUGUUGGCCAACAAGCAGGAUGUGGAGACUUGCCUCUCCAUUCCUGACAUCAAGACUGCAUUCAGUGACUGUACCUGCAAGAUUGGCCGGCGAGAUUGUUUGACCCAGGCCUGCUCUGCCCUUACAGGCAAGGGAGUUCGAGAGGGCAUCGAAUGGAUGGUGAAGUGUGUCGUAAGGAAUGUUCACCGGCCACCACGGCAGAGGGACAUCACAUAAGCACCUUCAUCCUCACAGUCUUGGACUGUUCAUCCCCUAGUGUUGGAAGAGUAUUCUCUGCUGGCUUCUGUCCUCCUGAUGCUGGGGGUUGAGCUGGGUUUGUCUGUUCAUUUUUAUUUGCUUUAUGUUUUCUCUAAGACAAACUUUUCUCUGUGUCUGGAAAAGUGUAGGUAUUCAGAGACAAACAUGGGGUACACUGACAGUCCAGAGCUUCAUGCCCUACACUUCCAUCCCCUGACCCAGAUCUAGAGCCCUCCUUACAGGUCAAGGUCUGGAACCCUCCUAAUCUUGUGAGGACGGGGAGGUGUGAGGCCACGCCUAGGCCUGUUAGCCCGUUCCAGAGUGGAAUUUGAGGUCAUCCUACUUGAAAUGGGGGGAGGGGAUGUCUGUGGCAGCUGCUUUGUCUAGCUUGCCCAUGGAGAAGGAGCGAAUGGCCAAGGCCAGUCUCACUUGGAGAAAGAGCCCAUGUCCAAGAGGCCAGCAUGGUCCCUAGUUGUUUUGUGUGGAGUUGGAUGUGUGGGGAGAGGAUUUCUCUAUAGACCCAGUUAGCCUGGAACUCUGCUUCCUUCCCUGUAACUGUGGGAACCUAGCUUUCUACUAGGUUCUGAUAUACUCUCAGAACAGGGUUCAGUAGACCUGCCUGGGAAGCCUAACUUCCCUUAAAACUCAUUCUCAAUCUGUUUUUUAUCUCCCAAGGAGAGAGCUGACCUUGCUGGUAUGUAUUUCAGUACACCCAUACACAGGUUGUGUGGUAUCUCGAGGGCACAGAUUUCACUAGGCCAAGUGCUGUUCUUGCUAGUGCAGAUAGGCAUCACGUUUUGAAUAAGGUAGGCUGGGUCCCUACAGCGCCAGGUCAAUGAAGUACUGGGUUUGCAUCUCCAGAUAUAUGUGAAGUAUAUGUUCCAUGUAAGGUUCAGGUUCCUGAGGAGGCAGCAGCUAUGCUGGGGCUAGCCAUGCCUACUAGACCUACUGGGUUAAAAUUUUCAUCAUAUGAUCAGGACAGGGUUUAAAAUUAAGGCUCCCUAAGUGGCUCCUGUCCAACCAUCUUUUCACGCAGUAAGAUGGUGGUUCCUUACUGCCUGGGCUGGUAGUUAUAGCCAGAAGCUGCUAUUCUGGAGUACCUUCUGAGUGGGAUCCCCUCAGAGAGGUUUGGAGCUGUGGCUAAGCCAAAGGUUCAAGAAAAACCUAGUGGCUCUUUGUUUCCUCAGGGGCCUGGAAGGGGUGACAGAGAAGUUAUGAAUCAGGAGGGGAUAGAUGCUCUGAUUCAAGGAAACAUCCCAUCCAUAGGUAUCUUAGAAGCUGGGUUGAAUCAUUCCUGAAGGACCCUCCUGGGAAGAGUAGUUUGCUUGUAAAAUGGCCAAGCUAAGGGGAAAUCCUCUAGCAGAGGGUACCAGACAUCACCAGUGUCUUUCUGGCCAUCUUUACUCAAUUUCAUCAACACUGGAAAAUAGGGGCUCCAUGGAGUGACCCUUGGACACGUUGUAGUGGGCGGGAACAGAAGAUGUGCCUUAUGGAUGGUGAUCAUCCUGGUGGUGUGGAACUGGCUGGUCUGGAAGCAUAGUGGGAUGAAGCUCCCACAACUUGAGAGCAAUUGUUUUUCUGAUUUAAAUGAUUAGCUUUAUAAAAAGUAGAUAAGAAGUCUAAGGUUGGGGUGUCAUUGGUUGCAAGUGUAGAAUAAAGUCCUGUGUGCAGUAACGAGA